AUGUCGACGUUAACCCCUUUUCUCUACCAGACGAGGACGAUUCUUAGGGCGUCGGCGGCUCUGCGAUCCCUCUCGACCUCUGCAGCCCGACACAGAGGCGAGCAGCCCAUCCCCUUCGAGUGGGACAACCACCCGGCCGACAAGCGACCCGACAUCCCCAGCGGCUUCAAUAACCCCGAAAAGUCCACGAUCACCCCGACCGAGAAGUUCAUCUUCCAAAGAAUCUUUGCCGACAUCGCACAGCGUGGCGACCGCCGCGGCGUGGACGCUGCCACCGUCCAGCAACAAGAUGCAGAACUCGGGCAGCUGGGGUCCCGCGAUGCCGUUCUGAGCAAGUUCCCCCGCUCGCUGCGGCGCGCAGCCCAGGCGGCCUUGGAAAUGCGUGAGGUUCAGGGUGAAGACCCUUCUUCCUCGCGCAUCUCCUUCAAGCCGGAAGAGGAGCACCUCGAACAGGAUGGGGACACCACCGAGGCCGAAAUGGAACAGGCAGCGAGGCUAGAGGCCGCGUACAACGAGAUCCGCACCACCGAGAUCGUUAGGCUACAGGCCCUUCUGGACCAAUGCAACACCGACGUCGAGGUCUGGGACGUUCUAGAACGCGAUGUCUUCUCCAUGGUGACGAAACUGGGAAUCUCCGAACACAACCAGCCCCAGUCGCAGACAGAGACACAGACACAGCCGCAAACGGAAAAGAAGGGCAGAGGCAGACCAAAGAAACAGCAGCAGCAGCAGCAGCAGCCGGAAAAGAUGGAAAACGCGGAAACCCCCGAAGCAUCCCUGAUCAUGGACUCCCAUGGUCCGCUGUACUCGAUGCACCUCCUCCAGGGCCUCAAGACCCUCGACCAGUCCUUUGCGCGGCCCUCGGCCCUCGCCCUCAACCUGCUCCCUCGCGUCAAGGAGCUUGGCCUCGCCUCGUACGUCCUGGGUGUCUCGACGCCCCUAUACAACGAGCUGGCCUCCAUUCUCUGGUAUCGCCACGGCGACACGCAGGCCGUUCUCGCCUUGCUCGACGAGAUGCAGUUCGCUGGUCUUCAUUACGACGAGCAGACGCUCCGCCUGAUCGAUACCAUCGAGAUGGCCCUAGCCUCCUUCCGGCGCGGCCAUUUGGGCGUCUUCUCCAAGGCCAUCGGCGCCAUGCCGGGCUACAACCUGGACGUCAAGGCCCAGGUUGCGCAGUAUGCGCGGCGCGUCCGUGCCAGCGUCAAGAAGGAGAGGGGUCAGGCGAGGUACUAG